GAGAGAGAGAGAGAGAGAGAGAGAGAGAGAAAUUGGAGCAAACAUGACAUGAGGAGCGCACUGAAAACAAGCUGCACUGUGUUCACACUUAGCAUAUACCUGCAAUUAUCGGAGAGCUGGUGUUUUGAAAGUGACGUUCAAUGUGUGUGUGUGUGUGUGUGUGUGUGUGUGUGUGUGUGUGUGUGUGUGUGUGUGUGUGUGUGUGUGUGAAUGUGUGUGCGUAUGUUUGUGCUUGUGCUUGUGCGUGUGUAAGGGCAGCUGACCGGCGGCCGGUGCUCAAAGCGGAUUGUUGGACAGGAACAGGACUGUCUCUAACCCUCUGUGGAUUCUGUGAUCUUUAAACGAAAAGGAGAGAUGGGUGCUAUGGCUGUGUUCGUGGAACAAGGAUAUAGCUUGGAUAGGACUCCGCCUUGCUGGCAUGCCGCCCGAUAGCCCCACCUCUUUUUCUUGGGAAGAUAAAUCCUUCAUCUUGCAGUCAACUGCAGAGACAAGAGACAGGCAGAGGGAGGGAGAACAAGAGCAAAAGCUCCCCAAGAGACUGACACGCUGAGGUAGACAGGCCAACCUACAUCCUGCUGUUUUUGUGGAGAUCUAGGACACUUCUCCACCAGCUUAACUCAGUGUGCCACUCUUAUGUUAAACCUUUAACAACCAACAGCAGAACAACAAUAGGAGAAAAAAGAAAAUUGCCUCAUCCACUCAAUUUUAAGAAAUGUUGUGCCUUUUCAGGAUCUGAUCUGAUCCUCUUAGGGUCUGUGAUACUUUGAAGAGUCUGGACAAUAACUAAAAACCCUUCAAGUAGAUAAAUGAGGGUUGCUAAUGCUGAACACCAACUGUUCUUUAUCUUUUUGGCUAAUUUGGACACUUGACUCCCCUCCUGUCUUAACUAGACUGAACCUUCAAUAAACAGACCAAGAACUUUUGGAGAAAACUUUCAAAGGUGUUUUAUCACCACCCCCUCCUCCCCUUGACCUCUACCCUGGUUCUUUCCUCAGUUGCCCAAGCAAAAUUUCAAACUGGCUGCCACAAGACAAGAAUGGAAAAUCUGACUUCAGCUCUCAAAACAUUGAACAAGAACUCAGGGAAUAACCUAAAUUGCCUUGAGACCUUCAGCAGUUACGAAGAGUCUCUACCCCCUAUCCAAGGGACUCCAGCUCGCCUGGGGCGACUCAUCAAACCCAAACCCAAUGUGACCUGCAGGCGAAAGCGGGAGUUCAUUUCAGAUGAGAAGAAGGACGCCUCCUACUGGGAGAAACGUCGCAAGAACAAUGAGGCUGCCAAGCGCUCCCGGGAGAAGCGACGUCUCAAUGAUAUGGUUUUGGAGAACCGUGUCAUUGCACUGAACGAUGAGAAUGUGAGGCUCAAGACUGAGCUGCUCCAGCUGAAGCUGCGCUUUGGGCUUAUAAGCACUGCUUCAUAUAUUGAAAAGAGUCAGCAGAUUGGUGGGGGCACCAACACAGGAAAUGGAGGCUCAUCCUCAUCCUCCUCUACUCAGUACUACUCCAGCGGUUACUCUAGCGGUUCACAGGUGAUGAUGAACUCUGACUCCUCAGAAACAGAGCAGUCAGGACGUAGUGAGGGCCACAGGCAGCUGGUAAAAUACUCCCCACGUGGUUCCCUCUCUGACAUGUCUGAUGGCUCCUCCAGGGACAGCCCUGAGCCGAUCCCCUUUGAGAUCAAACAGGAAGGUGAUAGGCUGGAGAUGGACAUUGCCAGUGGCACCACAACCCAGAUCAUGUUUAACAUCCAUCGUGGUCUGGCCUCUGUACCCACUCACCACCAAAUCCAGCAGCAUUCUCAGGAGCUGGAGGCUGCAUAUCACAGCCAACAGCAGCAGCAGCAACACCAACAACAACAACCCCUCCAGGAGCCUGUUGCCGCUGUCAACACUGUUAGCCAGCCUGCCCCUCACCCACCUGCUGCCCAGAGGAGCGUCAUUCUGUACGGCUCCAGCAGUGCCUCCUAUCCUGUUGACACCCUGACAAGGCCCCAGGAUAUUGAUUUGCAGGCAGCUCAGAAGCAAAGCAGCAUCAGCAGUCAGAUAUGUGUUGGUCUACUGCCCCUGUCAAUUACAGAGGGCUCCACAGAGACACUGGCUGAAAGGAAGACAUUAGAGUCUCCUCCAUGUGAGCUCUCAGACAGUCAUAAUGAGGCUGGAGAGAGAAAGGUGUACAGAGUUUGCGAACUUCCCCAGCAGCACCUGCAGCAAGAGCAGCAGCAGCAACAGGAGAAUGAUUCGUCUGCAGAGCUCCUCCUCAAACAAGUGGAGGGGGUCAGCCACUCCCACCUGUACCACCAUCUCCUGCAGCCUCUUCAUUCAUACCUCAGUGCCCAAGAAGAGGAGCCACCUGUGCUUACCUACGAGGGCAGGCCCAGGAGUGAGGCUUACUACCAAGGCCAAUCAAGCUCCUCUAGCAAAGACACCUCAUCCAGUGAUGGAGAUCCCCGCAGCUCUGACAAAGAGGCAUCCACAGAUGAUGAUGAGUCCCCCUCCUCAUUCUGCUCAGACAUGGGCAGCUACCACAGCCAACAUCUUACCAGCCUCCAUCAGCCUGCCUCACCUCUGCCACCCUCCCAGGGCAGCUUUCAGCUCCAUGGCCGGGAUCCCCAGGGGGAGGUGAAGGGUACAGCAUUGCCCCACAAACUCAGACUCAAACACCGGGCAGUGAGCACCAGGAGCAGCGGCAGCAGUGGUGGUAACUGUUCCGGCCAGGAGUCCCCAACCACACCUCCCUCUGCCACACCACCUCCCCUGCCCCAGCAUCCCUACUUUUCCCUCACUUCACCACAGAACAUUAAGCGAGAGAGCCCAGACGGAGCCUGUAAGCAGGCUGCCUCAGGGCAGGGGUGCAGCAAGGAGAGUGGGAAAAAGGAGACAGGUGGACGACGAAACAAGAGGCGAGAUUAGGUGGCAUUCACUUUUAGAACUCGUCACAACUUAAACAAAAGACGAAAUUUCUCCUCUAAGAAAUACCCUGCCAUCAUGCCUCUGCACUAUAAUCACAUCCCCUCCUUUAGCCCUUGGGACAGGAAGCUGGGCUUUUCUAUUCCCCUACCCACAGCAUUACCGAAAAGGCUGGACAUCUUGUAGGGGUGUAUUAUAUUUGUAUAUAUUGUACAGAUUUGUCAUUUCUUACAUCUUCUCCAUACUUAUGAAGCACUUUUGUUUAUGCGAUGAGAGGAGGAAUGGAACUGCCUGCUUUUCUACUUUUGUCAUCCAACAAUAUACAGCAGAGUACAUCAGCAAAAGCAAAUUAUGAUCACUUACAAACAAGAAUGUGGGAGAACAAAAAGUUUGGAGUUUUAUCAGGACUAUAAAUUUGGAACAUAUCUGACUGUAGACAAACAUACACAUGUAUGGCUAUUUGCCUUAACUAGAAUCAAAUGCAAACCUAUUUUGGGGACAUUCCCUCGACCAAAGAAGCACCAACACUACCAACACUACAAAUAUUAAGUUCCAUACCUCUUCCCAGACCCUACCUCUACCAACCCAUACCCUCCCCAACCAUCUCCAUUAUUUCACAAAAGAUCGCCAUCACCUUUAUUUUUUAAGCACUUGGUCUGUAUAUUACUGUGAUAUAUGAAUAUAUGUAGCUAUUAUAAAUAUAUAUUUUACAAAGAAAUUUGAAUACAAAUUCAACAAAAACACAACAAACCUGCAAGGAGAAAAGAGGAUUUUGAAAGUGACCAGCCUAAUAUGAUUCACAAUCUCUGUAUAGCCACAAUGUCUACUGUUGCUACAGGACUCAUUCAAAUUAAAAUGCCUCUCUCUUGAUUGUUAAGCUUUAGCAUUAAUCAUUUGUUAAAGCCCUGUUUACACAGAAAUGGCCGUCCAGUUUGGAGCGCCAAGAGCACUGAAUGGAGAAAAUGUUUUUUCCUGAGGCAAGGGCCUCAUUAAAAUGUUUGGAUUUCUUAACCUUCAACAAGCCUUUAAAUAUUCGGUGGAUUUCACCUGCUGCAGGCUAUAAGCCUUUAGUUUAUUUGAGCUUUAUCAACCAUAUCUUGUUGAUGUUACCAUUUACUGGCCCAAUGUAUUUAUUUCCCUCUUCUCCACACACCUAUCACUGUAGAAAAGCCCACAGGAACAUAGACAGAGAAUGUGUACAGACCUUUUUAGAUACAUACUGCAGCCUUUAGUUUGAACUGUAAUGUAGGCAUGGAAUGCUUGGAGGCAAAAACAGGAGGAAUUAAGUCACAUUCAUGUAAACACACUACAGUCCACUGAGUUCUGAACAAGUUCCUCUUGUGUAGAGACCUAAGAAGACAGACCUCCGUAGUUACUGUACAUUUACUGACAGAAAGUUAGGUUUUUUUAGUAUGACCAAGCAUGGUCCUUACGGCUCAUAAUGGAUCCCAGAUAAUUGAGUUAUUGUGAACUAAAAGCUAAAAGAUUUUUCUAACCUUCCAAUUAGCGCCAUUGUUAAAUUUGUUAACAAGAAUCUGAGUUUAAGCAUUUCCCUUUCCCAUGUGCCUCCAUUAUUCAUUUCAGGGGUUAUUCAUCCCAGUCUCAUGGUAUUUAUGCCACUGGGAACUGAUGAAUUGCCUGCACUGGAUCUUAGUUUAAAAAAGUGUAAUGUUUAUUUCAUUGGUUUUAUAUCUUCUUUUUCGCCAAAGUGUUGUUCUGUCGUCUUCUAUACUGUGUCUUUUUUCCUAUUGACUGUGAUGACAUGUAUUUGCCUCAUUCCUCCUGCCCCUCCCCCCCUUUCAGUGUGUAUUAAUCAUUAAUGUUUGUGGUUUUGCUGAUGGUUUUAUGAAAAAGACAAGAGGACAAAAAAAAGAAACAGGCAAAGAUUGUGUGGUGUUUAAAGAUGGUGGUUGGUCUGGUUGGUCAUUACCAUCGCUUCCUUUUGACAUGAAUACAUAUGUAAAGACACUAAUGUUCAUUGUGGAAGAUGGGAGCAUUUCAAGAUCGAAAAACAAAAUAAAAAGAAUGUUGAGCUAUCAACAUAUCAUGAAAAGAGCCUGUUUUUUUCUGUUCUCUUACCAAUGUUUUUUAUGGUUUAGCACAAUGAAAGUUACAUGCACAAACACUUAUUACUGAAUUAUCAACCGACUUCUACAGCCCACAAAGCAGGACUGACAUUGAACUGAGCAGCCAUUUCUAUCUGUCUGAGACUCUCUAAGCAGCAGUGAUUGGCAACAUAGCAAUCUGCCUGUAGGUAGCACUUACAAGUUGGCAGUCUGACUUGUCAUCCUAUCAACUGGGAUGAUCAUCUAUAAACCUUAUGCCAGAAUCACCAGUUAGGUAAUACAUUACUUAUUGAGUGACAAAAGAGAAUUA